AUGGCUGCGCUGCUCUACCUCGCUGUUCUUCCGUUGCUGACCUUUCCUAUUUGCUCUGGCGCUUCGCCAUGGCAAAUCAUGACCACCGGCUCACACAUAAGAGGAGAGGACCAUGACAAGGUCAUCCUCCUCUCGCCUGACGCUACCUUCUCCUGUGGCUUCCAUGAGGAUGGCACAAAUGCUCUCACCUUUUCCAUCUGGUACACCACCAGUGCCGCCGAGAGAACCAUCGUCUGGACGGCGAAUCCCUAUUCCGCAGAGAGAGGAGGGUACUCUCCCGUGAACAAAUACGGCUCCAGGGUAUCGCUAAACCGCGAUGGCAACCUGAUCCUCACAGAUACCAAUGGUUCCAUGGUGUGGGAGAGCAAGACAUCGUCAGGCAAGCACACGACAGUCACCCUCCUCGACAGCGGCAACCUUGUGAUCAGUGACUCCAGUAACAAGAUCGUGUGGAAGAGCUUCGAUUCGCCAACUGACACCUUGCUUCCGGGGCAGAACCUGACAAAGGACACAAGGUUAGUCUCUGGUUACCAUCACCUAUACUUUGACAACGAUAAUGUCCUGCGGAUGUUGUAUGACGGCCCAGAGAUCACAAGCAUCUACUGGCCAAGUCCGGAUUACGACGCUCAAAAAAAUGGCCGCAAUAGGUUUAACAGCACCAGGAUAGCAGUUCUAGAUGACAUGGGUAAUUUCAUAUCAAGUGACGGGUUUAAGAUAGAGGCUUCAGAUUCAGGUCCAGGAAUCAAGAGAAGGAUCACAAUUGAUUAUGAUGGCAAUUUCAGAAUGUACAGCUUGAAUGCAUCAACAGGGAAAUGGAACAUCACGGGGCAAGCUGUAAUACAGAUGUGCUAUGUGCAUGGACUAUGUGGAAAGAAUGGGCUCUGUGACUACUUGGGUGGCCUCAGAUGUAGAUGUCCCCCAGAUUAUGAGAUGGUUGAUCCAACAAAUUGGAACAAAGGAUGCAAACCAAUGUUCUUGAUUGACGGAAACCAAGCACAUGAGGAAUUUACAUUUAUUGAGCAACCUCAUGCUGAUUACUAUGGCUUUGAUCUAUCCUCCAAUAAGUCCAUCCCAUUCGAAGCAUGCCGGAACAUCUGCUGGAACAGCAGCACCUGCUUGUCUUUCACAUACAAGGGUGGGGAUGGUUGGUGUUACACUAAAGAUUUACUCUACAAUGGUCAGGUGUUCCCAUAUUUCCCUGGAGACAACUAUAUGAAAGUACCAAUGAGUUUUAACAUUUCGACGUACUCAAUCUCCAAACAAAAAACCCUCACCUGUGGACCCACAGGUUCUGAGGUUAUGCUAGGAUCAGCAAGUAUGUACGGAACAAAGAAGGACAACAUAAAUUGGACAUACUUCUAUGUCUUUGCUGCAAUAUUGGGAGCUCUAGAGUUGCUUGUUAUUGUGACAGGCUGGUACCUUUUCUUCAAGAAGCAUAACAUACCCAAAUCAAUGGAGGAUGGGUACAAGCUGGUUACAAACCAGUUCAGGCGAUUUACAUACCGGGAAUUGAGGGAAGCAACUGGAAAGUUCAAAGAAGAGCUUGGUAGAGGAGGCGCUGGAAUCGUCUACAGGGGAGUGCUUGAAGAUAAGAAAAUAGUGGCAGUAAAGAAGCUUACAGAUGUUCGCCAGGGAGAGGAAGAAUUCUGGGCAGAAGUGACCCUUAUUGGAAGAAUCAAUCACAUAAACUUAGUCAGAAUGUGGGGAUUUUGCUCAGAAGGGACAAAGAGGUUAUUAGUAUAUGAGUAUGUGGAGAAUGAGUCACUGGACAAGUACCUCUUUGGUGAAAGAAGUACUGAAAGCCUGCUUGGUUGGAGCCAAAGAUACAAGAUUGCACUGGGCACAGCAAGAGGCCUUGCUUACCUACAUCAUGAAUGCCUUGAGUGGGUUGUUCACUGUGAUGUAAAACCAGAAAACAUACUUCUAACUCGAGAUUUCGAAGCCAAGAUAGCAGACUUUGGAUUGGCCAAGCUCGCGAAGCAAGGUAGCACUAGUUUCAAUUUCACCCAUAUGAGAGGCACGAUGGGCUACAUGGCACCAGAAUGGGCACUGAAUAUGCCAAUCAAUGCAAAGGUUGAUGUGUACAGCUAUGGGGUCGUGCUUCUGGAGAUUGUGACUGGAAUCAGGGCUUCAAGUGGCAUAAUGUUAGAUGAAAGACAAAUAGAUUUUCUGGAGUUUGUCCAGGAGGCUAAACAUAUUCUAUCUACCGGGAAUGUCAGUGAUAUUGUUGAUGAUAGAUUGCACGGCCACUUUCAUGCAGAGCAAGCAAUUGCAAUGGUGAAAAUAGCCUUUUCAUGCCUCGAAGAAAGACGCAAGAGGCCAACGAUGGAUGAAAUUGUCAAGGUGCUCAUGUCAUGUGAUGAUGAAGACGACUACCAUCCUGCUUAUUCAUAUUGA